AAGUGACGCGCACGCGGUGACCUUCAGAGGAGGCGGGCGGGUGUUGGGACAGGCCGCGCUUUCUUUUUCUCCCGAGUUUCCUCCGUUCCGGCUCCGGCUCCUGCUCCGCUCCCCGCCGCCAUGCCCAGGGGCAGCCGCAGCCGCACGUCCCGGGUGCCGCCCCCCGCCAGCCGGGCCCCGCCGAUGAGAGCAGCGUCCCCAGCGCCGGCUCCUCGGGCCCAGGUCCCGGCCGCGGCUCCGCCUUCUGCGGUGGCGACUCCGGCGCCGAGGCAGCCAGGGCUGAUGGCCCAGAUGGCCUCGACCGCCGCCGGUGUCGCCGUGGGCUCGGCCGUGGGACACACCAUCGGCCACGCCAUCACCGGAGGGUUCAGUGGAGGGAGUGGCCACGAGGCUGCUCGGCCUGAUAUCACUUACCAGGAGCCCCAGGCAGCUCAGGCUGCCCAGCAGCAGCAGCAGGCUGGUCCUUGCCAGUACGAGAUCAAACAGUUCCUGGAGUGUGCACAGAACCAGACUGACCUCAAGCUGUGCGAGGGCUUCAGCGAGGUGCUGAAGCAGUGCAGGUUUGCUAAUGGUUUGGCCUAAGCCUGCAGGACAAGGCUGCUGAAGACCAUCUUUCAAGAACUGACCUAUGAAUGAAAAAAAAAAAAGCUUCAAUAAUAAAGUUUAAAGCUGUCUGAUA